AUGCAAGGUGGUACAGUCGAUCAUGCAGUCAUUUAUCUAGGCUCACGACUGUUUGCUGCUGGACAAGCUUAUGUAGUACUUAGUCGUCAAUUGGCUAGGUUUCCCACACAAUACUCCAAGCACAUCAAAAUCAAGCCUAGGAACUAUUUCAUCAACCAGACUAACUGGACUAGAACGUCAGAUACCAUAUCAUCAGGAAUAAGUACCAAUUGUGGAAAAUGCUAUCGGCGAGGGGUUCUGGCUGAGUUACCAGAAAAUAAAGAUGAAUCUGACAGCUUGAUUGAGUUGUAUAAAUAAUGAUACUAUUUUCCGUAUUAAUAAAUAUAUUGAAAUAUAUAUUUAUGUUUUCAGACAUUUCUUGUUUGACUAAAAACAUGAAUUGUCUAAACUUCGCAUUCCGUCUUAUAACCUAAUUUACUAUAUAUUAUUUUGUUUGAAACUGCU